AUGGCGAUGGUUUCCAUGGCAUUCGGCGUCAAUACUCCCACCUUCCCCAACCAUGGCCGAAUUAAUAGGUGUGGUGGAAUGGCGUUUGCAAGCUUGAACAACAAAGCAAGUACAUCUUUGGGAGUGCGACUGACAGAGGGAGAGGGGAAUUUGCCCAAGCUUGUGCUAUCUUCUCCGGCUGGUAGUGAGGCUGAGAUAUACCUCUUCGGGGGGUGCAUUACCUCUUGGAAAGUUCCCAGUGGCAAGGAUCUCCUCUUUGUUCGCCCUGACGCUGUUUUUAAUCAGAAGAAACCCAUAAGUGGAGGCGUUCCACAUUGUUUUCCACAGUUUGGUCCUGGUCCGAUUCAGCAGCAUGGAUUUGCACGGAAUAUGGAUUGGACUGUUGUUGAUUCUGAAAACGCGGAAGGAAAUCCUGUGGUAACUCUGGAACUGAAGGAUGCUCCUUAUAGUCGUGCUAUGUGGGAUUUCAGCUUCCAUGCUUUAUUCAAGGUCACGCUAAAUGCUAAAAGUCUUUCAACCGAGUUAACAGUUAAAAAUACAGACAAUAAAGCAUUCUCAUUUAGUACUGCCUUGCACGCAUAUUUUCGAGCUUCUGCAAGUGAUGCAUCAGUAAAGGGGUUGAAAGGUUGCAAAACUUUGAACAAAGAUCCGGAUCCUAAAAAUCCAGUGGAGGGUAGGGAAGAGAGGGAUGUGGUCACUUUCCCUGGAUUUGUAGAUUGCGUUUAUCUUGAUGCUUCCAGUGAGUUGCAACUUGACAAUGGUUUGGGUGAUCUAAUAUCUAUCAAGAACACGAAUUGGUCAGAUGCCGUGUUGUGGAAUCCUUAUCUUCAAAUGGAAGCAUGUUACAAAGAUUUUGUUUGUGUCGAAAAUGCUAAGAUUGGAAGUGUCCAGCUAGAGCCAGAACAGACUUGGACAGCUGUGCAGCACCUUAGCACAGUUUGA